AUGUAUUAACCUAGUAUUGAUUAGAACAUUAUAUAAUCUACAACAGUUAAAACAAUUAAAGAACUAAAAAAAUUGGGUGAUUCUAGGAUUAAUUUAGAGGCGGAAGAGAAUGAAAUUAAUGAUUCUACUUUAAGCGGAAAAAACUCUCCUGGUGGAGAAACAUCAAAAACCUAGCAUACUAAAAUUACUAUAAUUAAAAAGCCAAAGUUUACUUCCAAUGCUUAAACUUAGAAUCGCAUUGUUUCUAUGAAGUAGACUAUCAAUAAACCAACUGAAGAAGCUACUGAAUAAAGUAAUGUUUUCAGAAGGGCCUCCUUAAGAUAAGGUUCAAUCAAGCCUUUGAAACCUAAUACUUAAUUAUAAUAAGAAGGAAGUGACCCUGUUGAUUUGAGUAAUGCACUUAAUUUAGUUUUAACGAAAUCCAAGAACUUAAGAGAUUAGUUUGAAGAAUUACAGCUUACGAAUACUUUGAUUAACAAAUUUAUAAAAAAUGAUAAACAAUUUCAUUUUACAUUUUAGGCUUUUCUUGAUGAUUUAGUAGGGAAAGGAAAGUUAUCGCAAAAUCUAACUAAUAUUCAAAAACCAAUUUUACAAAAAAUUGAAUAAUUUACAAUCAAUCAUGUUAAAAGGUGUAUCAAAAAAUCUCAGAUCAACCAAUAAUAUGAGGAAAAGUCAAAGCAUGUUGAUACUUUAUUUAAUAGAUACUAUAAAGAAUUGGCAAACUUUGGAUAAAAUGUAUAAUACUUUUGA